GAGCUGAAUCAGCCUAUCGGAGAAGAGGCAGGAGUCCUUGCAAAAUUCCUUGGCAUGGUUGCUAGGAAUGGCUCCUUGUGUAGCUUAAGCUUCAAGGAUUGGAGACUACUUAUAGGAAAGAAAGAUAGGAACCAUAAACAAAUCAAUAAGGAGGCCAUUCUUAAUCAAGUAAAGAAGAGAUUUCUUUACCCUGCCCGCAUGGAAACAUGGGUGCUGCGAACAAUUGGAGAGAGAUGGAGGCAACACAAGUCCAAUUUGAAAUCCAUUUAUUUUGACCCACAUAAGAGUCAGGAUGCUAAUAAUAGUAAUGCUCCUGAUGGUGUAUUAGCUGAUCAGUGGGUUGCGCUUGUCAAUAAUUGGAUGACCCCUAAAGCACAGGAUUUAAGUGAGGCCAAUAGGAUAAAUUGUACAAGAAGAAAGUCAAUGCAUACAUCUGGAACAAAAAGCUUUGCUCGGAAUAGAGAAGAAUUGGGCUAUCCAGAUGCUCCUUUAUCGCCACCAACAGAUGUUCGUCCUGCUAUGAAACGACAAGGCUAUCUAGAUGCUCCUUUAUCGCCACCAACAGAUGUUCGUCCUGCUAUGAAACGACAACGAAUUUAUUGUCAACUUCGUAGUGAAGAUUCUAGUAUGUUUGGUGAACGGAAUAACACAAUGGAGGAUGAAAACGAAGAUGAUGAGUACGAGGAACAACACUCACACUACAAAUGUUCUAAAAUUCAGGAUAAGAGCAAGCCACCACAGUCACGACGUGAAGCACUCCAUGCUAGUAGAGUUUCUGCAUCAAUAAAGGUUUCCACAGAUAUUUUCUUAAAGAGCACAAGAUAUCCAAACAGGAAGGUUGCCUUAGGCAGAGUACUUAGCCAGGACCCCAAAACCAAAGUUGGAGAUGUUGCUUUAGGCAAAGAAUUUUGGAUGGUGCGUGUUAGUCUGGUAUCUGUGCGCGAUGAACCACUAAUAAGGCCAUAUAACAACUUCAAGGUUCUUGGACAAGUAGGCAAUAAUCCAAUUGCAUGGCCUUCAAGUUGUAUUGAAAAGGUUAACUGAUAACAUGGGAUGAAUAAUAGCGCCGGGAUUGCUAAGGUAUUUAAUUGGCCCC